GUCAUGGAUGGUGAAUCUGCACGUGCAAAAACGGUGAAAAGCGAAAGUUGGUGCAGCUAAUAGUGCGGUCGACACGACAAAUCCGCAAACAGGACUUUUUUGUGGCGAGCGAAAAGUUCCGUGCGAAAAAAAGGAAGAAAAAAAUUUGAGGAAAAAUUUUUCGUGUGUAUCUACGACAUACACGACGACGAGCAAAAAAAAAUUUUUUUUUUUUUGGAACGAAAACGAAGAAAUUUGUUUUUUUAAUGUCAAUUCGCGAUUCCGGAAAGUGAAUGUCGGCAACGCGGCAGUAUCAGCAGGCCUCGGAAACUACCGUCUUUAAUGCAACAAGGGGGCUGUGUAAAUUGCCCCAAAUUCUGUAUCAUUGAGGCAUGCCGUCAUGGCAAGAGAAGAGUCUCGUGGAAAGAGGCCUUUAAAAAUUUGGGACAGUUUACGAAGUCUCCGAAAGGGACUCGUUGUCGGCAGCUUCGAGGAAUUAUUAGUACGAGGAAAAGAUAAACUUGGGAUUCCUGCCUCAGAGACAGUUCGAUUGGUGCUUGAGUGUGAUGGAACGCAAGUGGAGGAUGGCGAGUAUUUUAGAACGUUAGCGAAUAAUACGGUUUUGUUGCUGCUGAGGCAGGGAGAACGUUGGUAUCCAGCGGGAGUUGAUGUCAUAAAAGCUGCAAUUUCAGCGAUUCCUAAGAUAGUUUGUGAGACGAUUCAUGCAUUGGAGCUACACGAUGAAACACCAUCUUGGAAAAUUAUGGACAACAAGGGGAGAGUUACGGUUGUCUUGCACUGGGAUCAGCGCCAAACAGGUCUCAGUGGAGGCGGGCAAGGCAGUAGUUUGGGCGGCAGCUUAAAUGGCCCGAUUAUCACGUCAUCGUCAGAUCGCUAUUCGCCCUCGAAGAAGGGCCUCAGUGCCCAAAAUUCGCUCGACAAGUCGUCGUCUGGCACGCCGCAUCGCUACACAAGUCCCCAGAUCACGAUAAUAAACCAUGACGAUCCGCAGGCAAACAUGUAUCACACGGGACGUAGUUUAUCAAAAGGCAGCGGUUCGUUCGACAGCGGCGUCGGCGGCGCCAUUCACGUGCAUUCCAUCGAAUGUUCGCACCAUAUUCAUACACCAACACGUGCCGGUAGCCCCGGAGCUACAGAAUGUGAUUUCCAUUGUUGUGCAUUACACGAAGUCGGCAGGAAAAUUGCCGUGCACAAGAGUGUCGCCACGUCGCCCAUCCAAGAUGGCGUCGUUAGUCCCAACCAGCACCCGGAUAAUAUGGAAGGAGGGCCCGGAAGUGCUGGCGGCAGUUUGCAACGUCGCACACCAACGAACAAGGGACACGUGCGUUUCCUCGAUAUCGGUCCGGAACGCGACAGCAGCGAAAGCGAGACGGAAAACACCGUCAUGGAAGACGAAACGAUCACGAGCGAAAAGUUCCUGUUGCUCAUCGAUCAACUUUCCGUCGACCAAAAGCGACAUCUGAGCAUCAAGGACAUCGGCAUCAUUCUCGAACGACUCAGCUCGAAGAUCCUCGAUGUCGAACGCUUGGAUCGCGAAAGCGAAUCUGACGACUGCUACAACUGGACAAUUAAAGCGACGAUUCGGGGCGAUGCACUGCGCGAAUUGGGCGUCAUCUACAACGGAAACUACUAUGCAAUAUCCGAACAUCCCGGCUACAAGGAGGAGAACGAAGAAAACGAAAUCGACGAACAGGAAGAAGAAGUUGACGACAGGCUUUAA